AUUGAGGCACUGCGAAUGGAUUCAAUUUGAAUGAACUUUAAAUACUGGUUUUGCAGAAGGCCGUUAUUCAUAUAAGCGGACGCACCCGACAUCAUGUCCAUUUCUUUAUACCUAGCUUGUUCUAUUUCCUCCACAGUGUUUGGAAUUCUCGCUGCUUUGCCAAGUUGGGACCAACUAGAAGCAAACUUGUCUCGCGUUGACUAUGACCUACCUCCUUGGAUACACACAGGUCAAGUUACACAGGUCAGGACCCAGCUUCUAUUCACAUACAUCCAGUCUGCAACCCUUACGGAGCUUGCCACGUCAUUUCAUUUGAUUCAGCAAUGGGAGGACGUUCGUCUGCAAUACGACGCCAGUUCCAUCAUUUUCGCGGGGAAAUACGUUUUGGUGGACCAGGAUAAAUACGCAACGAUAUGGACGCCCGAUAGCUACAUCAGCAACGCCAUAUCUGAAGUUCAGCACAGCGUAACCAAACCCAAUGUAUUCAUACGCAUCUAUCCUAACGGAACUUUAGUCAAAAGUACAAGACUGACAGUUCGAACACCAUGCCCUCUGACGUCACAAGGUUUUCCUCGUGGUUCUCAGUCUUGCGAAAUUACAAUUGAAAGCUACACCUAUUCAGCAUCGGAGAUGAGCAUGGUUUGGGACCAACAGAACCCUUUUAGAUACAAGCACCCGUUUUCCGCCAGUAGUUCGAGUGUAACAAAUAUAAAAGAAGGCAGCUGUACAGACCCAACACAAGAGUACCCUUGUUUAAAAUACAAUGUGGGGAUAGUGAGGGACUUCAGCCAAUACAUAUUACGUAUCUACGUCCCUAGCUUGUCCGUCGUCAUCUUGGGAUGGCUGAGUAUGUGGAUUGACAAGGGUCAAGUCGGCGCGCGCACCAGUCUGGGCGUGUUAGGUGUUCUCACCAUAGUAACACAACUGGUGGGCGUGGUUUCUCUAGGAAACGGACUAGAGGGGGUGCUGGCCAUUGACAUUUGGAUUGCAGUUUGCAUGGUUUUCACCAUUAUGGCACUUUGCGUCUUUGCCGUUGUGCAUAACAUGAAACGGAGGAAGGAUAAGUCCAAAAACAAAUAUAAGGAGAAUUCUGGAACUGAAGAAGGUGAUGAACAUUCUUGUUGUAAAAUACAACACGGAAAAUUACAGAAUAUAUUUAGAGUGGUCUACCCUUUUCUUUUCAUAACCUUUAAUGUUGUAUAUUGGGCCUACUUCUUAAACGUGAAUUAAGAAGAGCAUUUAUGACUGUAUUCAAAAUAAAAACUAACAAAAUUGUACUUGUAGUAUAUAUUUAUAAUAAAUAUCAAUAUAGCUUGUCA